CGUACCUCUACUUAACUUAACACAAGUACACAACGAACUCAAAUCAGAGACUACUGUGUGUGUUAUUGAACUAGUUGCCUUCGAUUGUUGUCGUCACCAAAUCCAUAUCUGCUUCUGUGAAACCCUAGAAAUGGAGGAAGAUGGUUCCAACUCAAUCCGCCGCACGUCUGGUCGAACCCGAAAAGUUGCCACCAAAAUGGUCGCCGCACUGGCUAGCUCCGACAACCGUACCCAGGCUGCUCUCGCACGAUUGGAUGCUUUGGAAAAUGACAAUGCAGGAUUUGAAGCUGCAGAUCCCAAUAUUGAUGAUGAUGAAGCUUCUCUAGAUGAUGAUGAUCAAGUGUACAUGCAGAGAAAACAAUCUAAAGGCACCAAAAGGAAAACAAGGCAAGCAAAAGCACUUGAAGCUAGGAAGGCCCCAAGAACAUUUCUUGAGCUCUUAAAUGAUGCAAACUUAGAAUCAUUGCCUCCACAUGUUCCUACCUAUUGGAAAGCAGCUGUCGGACCUCCAAGCUCAACCGCCCGUCGCCACUUUUGUACUGUAUGUGGUUUCUCUGCCAAUUACACUUGUGUCAGAUGUGGUAUGCGCUUUUGUUCCAAUCGGUGUCAAAAUGUGCACAAUGAUACACGAUGCUUGAAAUUUGUUGCCUAAUACAUUUUUUAAUAUAACAUUUUGGACCCUGUCCAAUAUUUUGAUACUUGCUAUUGUAAGGUAUCAAUUUUCACUAACAUUGUGUACAAAGCAAGUUGUUUGGUGAAUCAAAUUUUCCCCUUUUUCCCUUUUGAGAUUAGUAUUUAUGCUGCCUGGUCCAUUUCAUAAAGAAAAAUGUAUAUUCUUCUAAACCCUACUGGAUCCUUAUGUUCUAGGUAACCUUGUUAAUGAUGUUCUCAGCUGCUCGGAUAUACUAAAGAUAUUGUUUAUAAGAUUAUCUUUAUUAUGUUACAAGGCUUUUUCUGUUUUUACUUUACUGAUAGAGCCUUCUUUGCUUAUCUGCUUGUAUGAUUAGACUAGCUUCAAAUAAACUUCCUAAAACUUGCUAGAUAAGUGAUUCAGACACUUAAUUUUUAUAUACAUGUAGGUACCAUAAGACAUGACAGUCGGCACAAACUACUCAUUUAAAUUUGUACAUGUUUUUUAUGCAGUAGAAAGGCUUUCAUCGCGCGUGUACCUAAAAGCUACGGUGUGUAGCUUCAAAUUUCAAUGUAAUUGCGGGUAUUAUCACCUUGAUACCAAACACAUGCUUAGAUAAUACAUGUAAGAACGACAUCAGUAAAAUAUAUAAGUGUGCUCCAUCCCAAUUUAUAUAUUUUGAAGGGUCGGGACAAACUGUUGUGCUAGCAAUUCCACAAAAUAUAUGAAGAACGACAUGUUAUGGUCGACUUGCUUCACAACAUGCUUUCAAAAUCUUGUACUUAUCAGAAAUAAAACUUGCAUGAUUAAUACAUAAAAUGGUGUACAUGUUCAAAUCAAUUAGACAAGAAUAAGUUAUGGUAAUAUUAACAAAAAUAAAUGAAACAAUAACGCCACUAUAUUGUUGUGGUGAUUGAUUAUAUGUUUGACAUUAUUGUAGUAAUCAAAAUAUAUUAUUUUAACUUGA